GUAUGCAAGUAAACAAAGUCGUCAGCAGGGCAGUCCUUUUUUGCAAGCGCUGUGCAUACAUACUUCGAUGGUAGUUCUAUGGCUUAUGGUGGUGCAACGAUGGACUCUGAACGCGGAAUAAACACGUGCAAGUUGAAUUAAAGAUACCAUUAUUUAUUGAUGUACAGGGGAGACAAAGGCUUUCUUGAAAUAGUACUCUGGUGGAGAUAUUUUCUUAUUUAGAUCUACUCAUAAACUGAAGGUCGGAAACAAUUAAGCCAUGGACAAUCUGGAGCGAGGUAGUGCUGCUAUUGAUUGGUGUGAGAAUAAUUACGCCAUAGUUCCUGGUAUUGCAGAAUUUUAUAACACUGUCAGCAACAUCCUGUUCUUCGUCAUCCCUCCCCUCCUGCUCUACCUCUUCCGACAAUACGCGGUAUGGUACAACUGGCACGUCAACAUCAUGUGGAUCCUUCUGAUGGUGGUCGGGAUCUUCUCAUGCUACUUCCAUGCAACGCUCAGCAUGUUUGGACAGCUCCUGGACGAGGUGGCCAUCAUCUGGGUGGUCCUUUGCGGCGUGGCGCUCUGGUAUCCACGGAGGUACUAUCCAGCUAAAAUCCAUGGUAGCAGGAAGAAAUUCAAGCAGAUUAUGUUGGUAUUCACUGUUGCCAGUACCGGCCUUGCAAUGGUCAGGCCGGCAGUCAACUCUUUCGUCAUGAUGUCAUUCAUCGGACCCUGUAUAUGCAUGAUGGUCCUAGAAUUACGGAGGGCACACUGUCCACGUGUCGUCAAGCUGGGCAAGACCUGUGCGUUCCUGUGGGUAGUAUCGGUCACCUGCUGGCUCAGCGAUCGAUUCCUCUGUGACUUCUGGCAGUCACUCUCUCUCCCGUACCUUCACUGCGCCUGGCACAUCAUGGUCUUCAUCUCGGCGUACACGGGCUGCGUCCUCUUCGCUUACUUUGACGCAAUGAACGAGUGUCCGGAGAUGGGUCCUGUUCUAAAGUAUUGGCCCAAGGACUCCUGGGUGAAUGCAGGAAUCCCUUACGUAACCCUUCAGUGUGCUGGUAACAAACCAGGAUGGGACUAAAGGUCUUAAUAAGCCAUGGGAGUGUUUCAUGAAGUGUUAUAAGCUACUGGAAAUCCUUGCAUCUGAUUGGCUGAGAGCAGAUUUGUCAGUGAAAAUCACUCACAAAUGUCUUCAUGAAAUGCUCCCCAUUCCCCCCCUGCAGAAGUGAUCAACUCGAACAAUCCCGAUCAACAUAUUUCAGACCUGGGCUCCGUAACACAAAGAUUAGCGAUCAAUCGCUAAAUGGACUGGCCAAUAAAGAUCAAUGUUACACGCGCAUUUGGUUGAAAAUACUGACCAGGAACCAAUCAGUGUGGUUCUUUCAUAUUUGCAAUUCAUCGCAAACCUAUGUGUUACGGAGACCCGGGCCUGUAACAUAAAGCUUGGCAAUCCAUAACAGAAACAAAACUAUGAUCGAUUGCAUCAAAAAUAAUGCACAAUCAAUUGUGAAAACCAAUCUUACAUUCAGUCAGUCUGUCGGCUUGGACCAUGGUCUGUCUACCUCUAGUGCAAAGAAUUCAGGGUCGAUCUACCAUUUUGUGGCCAGCCAACCUUGAUCAAGUUUACUCAGCUUCUUUACACAAUUAUUUUGAAUUCUAGGAGGCAGCAAGAGCAUCAUGGAAAGGCCUGCUCAAGACAAAUUUUGACCAGCCACCCCUAAACCAACAAUAAGUCACCCAAAAUAAAAUUUGAGAUUUUUGUUGAGCUAAAAGAAGCACAUUCUAAGUUUUAUGACUUGUCAGAAUUGAUCAACAAUAACCCACACAAGUAAUCAAUUGAAUACACAAGAAAUUCAGUGAGAGAAAACAAUGUUUGAAGUUUGGGGCUCACUCAAGCGUGAGAGGUGGACACUGCAAAUUCGGUGAAACUUCCACAGGGGUGUGAGAGUUCAGAUUUUUAUCUGAUUUCAGAUUUUUUUGUUUUGAUUUUCAGCUGAAUUUCAGCUUAUAUUUGGCUUUCCUCUGUACAAAGAGUAUGGGAGCUCUUUCUAUUUCCGACUUUUUCAAUACUCUUCAGCUUUUUUCAGAUCUUUUUAUUUGUGACCACUCACACCCAUGCUUCCAUGCAGUCCGCAAAUAUCAAUGGUGUCAAAGGAAAUCUUGUAUGCUGACUUCAACUUUACAACUGCAAAAUUUGACGAUAUGAAGGAUAAGAAUUACUCUUUCAAAUAGCUAAGUUUCAAAUUUUUCCUUUUGAAGACCAAAUUACUAUUUUGGCUACUGGAGUAGAAGAAAUAAUCAGUUGUCUCACGAUGGAUCAAACAUUGUCAGAAUGCGACGUUUCGUCCGCAAUCUGCUAGGCUUCGUCAGGCAAUGAGCAUAGACACUGCUGCGCGCGUGUUAUAUAUCGUCGGCGAGGGGCCAGUGUGCCCGACUGCACGCUAUUGUCUGGCUCCAAUCGGGCGUGAGCCGCGCUGUGAUUGGCUAUUUACAGAGAAACUUUCAUGGUGACUUAAUGUUGCUUUUUUGGGGUAGCUGGUCACAAUUGACCCUAAUUAAAAUGCUGAGCAAGAUUUAUCGGGGCCUUGUUACACAAAGCUUUGCGAUUAAUUGCGGGAUCGAUUUCUACGAUGGAUUGCAUCGAUUAUUGUGUAUGAUCAGUCGUAAAAAUCAGCCCUACAAUCAAUUGCUAUUAAGUUUUAUGUUACAGGGUCCAGGGGUCUGCAACUCAAAGCUUUUAAGCAAUUUAUCAAAGAACAAAUUAUUAUGAUAGACUGCACUGACCGCAAUGCGCAAUCUAGUGCAGAAAGUAAACAGUAGGAUCAAUUGCUUGGCUUUAUGUAACAGGGGCCCAGGUCUGAAUUUGAUUUCUAGGGUCCAAUGGAGUGGUGAGCUUUAUAGCUGCUGGAACCUACCAUUAUCUAGUGAUCAACUUUUUGAACAUUUCCUUCCGUUAUAAUUAUGCACUUGUACUUUCUAUUCUUCCAUGUUCACACGUUGCAUCUCUAGUGUGUGUAUCUAAAAACUAUUCCUUUUCUUCGUGCACAGGUGGCAUCUAGUGUGUGUGUUUAUCUGAAAAUAUGACAAAUGUCUCGAGGCUGACAUUUACUUCUUCAGAAAUUUUUAAAACUUUUAUUAGGGUAUAGUUUUCAUGCUGUAUUUAUUAAAUAAAAUGAUUUCUUGAUGGUAGCUUACAUAUUCUUAUCUAGGAAUCUCUGUAUUUCUUGAAAAGAGUACUGAAAAAAGUGUAUUAUUUUUUUUUUCAUUGUGUCUUCCCUGUUAGAUUAGAUAGAUAUUAAUUUCAUAUUUGAUAUGAAUUAAAGCCUAUAAACUCCAAUGAUGAUGUGCAUCAGUGACAAUUCAGGAUCUGUCUUGUUAAAACUCUCGGGCCCUUAUUCUGAACUUGGGUUUAAUGUACGACAUCUGGUUUGUAGUUGGGGUUUAAUUAUGGAUAGCCAAUGGUGAAACAAAUUUCUUAAUAGAGGUUCAAUUCAUCACCACAUGUGGUGCUCAAUACAUUCAUUACUGUUUAAGAGUAACUGAAGUAAACAGGAAUCAUUUAAUUCAGGAUCAGUCUUGUUUGUCUUCUUUGUUGAGCGUUGUGGCCCAGUGGAUUAGUCUUCGGACUUUGAAACAGAGGGUCGUGGGUUCGAAUCCCAGCCAUGGCGUAAUUUCCUUCAGCAAGAAAUUUAUCCACAUUGUGCUGCACUCAACCCAGGUGAGGUAAAUGGGUACCUGGCAGGAAUUUAUUCCUUGAAAUGCCACCGCGCUGUAAAAGGCUGCGGGGCUAAAGCCAGGGUAAUAAUAUCCAAUUAAGCGCGUAGGGACGCAUUUGGCAGUGAUAUGCGCUACAUAAUGAAGCAUGUUGGUAAUAUUAUUAUUUAAUGUACUGGUAAACAAAAUUUUUUUUGGUCAUUUUUAACUUCCCAUAAUUUGAGCACAGAGUUAGACCAUGGCCUUGGUUAAACUGGACUUUAAUAAGGAUGCAGGCCUCAGAUUCCAUACUACAUUCAAUCAAUCAAUCUUUCCAUAAUUUUGUCGCUAUCAUUCUUUCGCUCUCUUUCUCUACGUAUCCCCAUUAUCUCUCUCCCUGUUGUAUUCAUUGGUGUGAGGAAAAAGGAAAAAAGUAGCAGUGCAACACAUAUGCUGCCAAAAUCAAACAACUCUGGGAAAUUCUGAAGGCUAGUAGCAAUAUUUGCCGGUAAUUACUUGUUAGAUUGUGUGCUUGAAAAUGCUAGCUUUAAUAGCAAUUUAUUAUUGUAUCUGAUUUUUAUGGGUUGGCUGGUUACUUUAAUGUAUUUUAUUUUUAGUUUAAUUUUCAGUGUUCUUUUACAUGGUUGGCUUGAACUCGAUGGUUCAACAUGAAAGGAGUUAUUAUAAGAGCUGCUAAACGAACAUCAAAGCGAAAUGACUUUAAUCUUGCCAGAAUAGAAUAAUGUUCUUCACAUUACAAUUUUCCCUUUCCCUUGGUAAUUUUACAGAAUGUUCUUAAAAGUGUGAGAUAUUUGUGCAUGCUUGUUUAAAUUUGGAAUACACUGUAUCACUUAUUUCUUUAUGACUUGGUAGUAUAUUGGUGGGAUUUGAUAGAUGAAAAUAUUAAUAUUUUACUCUUGAAAAGGGGUUAAAACCGUAUCGGUGCUGGGAGGAGUUUUGUAGAAAACUGGAAAGAUAAAAUAAUCUUGUUGCUUUAUAUUGUCAAAUAAAUGAUUUUAGUGUUUGUUGUUAGAUGAAUUGGCAAGAAACACCAGAUAUUUAUGUGAGCUUGCCUUGUAGUGCACAAAUUUUGUCUCAUUUUUAUGCCAAAUACAUUUAAUUUAGAAUAUUUUUUUACCUCAAAAGGAACUUCAAAAGCCAAAUGGAUGACUUUUAUUUUAGUUGAACUUAAAAGAAAAUGGGAAUGAGCUUUAAAGAUGGUAAAUGUUUGACUUUUAAGGAAUUCACUUUGAAUCAUACCCUAUUGUUUUACAUUUUAUAGUAGCAAAUUACUGUGCAAGUUAUUACAUUGUCAUUGUGAAAUGUACAGUAAUGAAAAUACAAGGCCAGUCAAAUAUUAUGAAUCAGUCAACUUCAUUUGGGUAAUAUGAAUGUUAUAUUAAUUGUACUCAAUUCAUGUAGGAAAAAUUAUAUUUUCCUUCAAAUGUUGUUGAGCACUGCAACAAAUUUAUCCAUCUUGUUUUAAUUUGACUAGAAAAUAGUUUUGCUUGUGCAGGUUUGCCUGUUUCAAGGGAGUGAUUUUAUGUUUAAGUUUUGAGUUACCCAUCUUCAAUUCAGUAUUCGAUGCUCCCAUUCAAGUAAAUCAUGAGGUGAUUUUUGUCUCACCUGCAUAGCAGAGUGAGACUAUAGGCGCCGCUUUUCCGACGGCGGCGGCGACGGCGGCGUCAACACCAAAUCUUAACCUGAGGUUAAGUUUUUGAAAUGACAGCAUAACUUAGGAAGUAUAUGGACCUAGUUCAUGAAACUUGGCCAUAAGGUUAAUCAAGUAUUACUGAACAUCCUGCCUGAGUUUCAUGUCACAUGACCAAGGUCAAAGGUCAUUUAGGGUCAAUGAACUUAGACCAUGUUGGGGGAAUCAACAUCAAAAUCUUAACCUAAGGUUAAGUUUUUGAAAUGUCAUCAUAACUUAGAAAAUAUAUGGACCUAGUUCAUGAAACUUAUACAUAAGGUUAAUCAAGUAUCACUGAACAUCCUGCAUGAGUUUCACAUCACAUGACCAAGGUCAAAGGUCAUUUAGGGUCAAUGAACUUUGGCCGAAUUGGGGGUAUCUGUUGAAUUACCAUCAUAACUUUGAAAGUUUAUGGAUCUGAUUCAUGAAACUUGGACAUAAUAGUAAUCAAGUAUUACUGAACAUCCUGUGCAAGUUUCAGGUCAUAUGAUCAAGGUCAAAGGUCAUUUAGGGUCAAUGAACUUUGGCCAAAUUGGGGUAUUUGUUGAAUUACAGCCAUAAAUUUGAAAGUGUGUUGGUCUAGUUCAUAUAACUUGGACAUAAUAGUAAUCAAGUAUCACUGAACAUCCUGUGCGAGUUUCAGGUCACAUGAUCAAGGUCAAAGGUCAUGUAAGGUCAAAGAACUUUGGCCACGUUGGGGGUAUUUGUUGAAUUGCCAUCAUAUCUCUAUAAGUGUAUUGGUCUAGUUCAUAAAACGUGGAAAUAAGAGUAACCAAGUAUCACUGAACAUCUUGUGCGAGUUAUAGUAGUUUUCAAAAUCAGCACUGCUGCUAUAUUGAAUCGCGUGAUGCAGGUGAGACGGCCAGAGGCAUUCCUCUUGUUAGGAUUAAGAUUUGUAUUAAAGCGACCUUUCUGAAUAUAUGAUUUUGCCCUGUUUGAUUGAUCUGAUUUUCCGUUUGUUUUCAAUUGCAAUUUAAAUUUAGACAACUUUUUUAUAACUUAAAAGUAAAAAAUAUCAUGAUAUUAAGAUUAAUAUCAUUAUUAUUAUUAUGACAGUGUAUUUAUCAUCAUCAUCAUCAUCAUCACCAUCACCAUCACCAUCAUCACCAUCAUCAUCAUCAUCACCAUCAUCACCAUCACCAUCAUCUUCAUCAUCACCAUCGUCACCAUCAUCAUCAUCAUCAUAUUCAUCAUCAUCAACAUCAUUAUUAUAUAAAAUAUAAUGCUACAUGUAUAUAAAAUAUAAUGCUAUACAAUAAUUGUAUAACUUUGUAGCUGAAAAUGAUAAUGCUUGCCAAUUCAUGCACAUUAUUUUUAUGUUUGAAAUCAGUAUUUGAACAUGGAUAGGAAUUCUUUAUGUUUUUAACAGUAAUCAGUUUCUGUUACCAAAUGUUGAAAAAGGUUAUCAUGUAGUGCAAAGAUGUUGUUUUCUAUUUUAAUAUUGUCAUGCUAUGAAAGUUUGCAGCUACAGCUUUCUGACUGAUCAGGUAUCAUUUUCAUCCUGGGUGGAAAGAGGCAAAAAAUGGAUUACGGUCAUGCCAGAGGGCUUUGUGCUUGACUGGGAUUUUAAAAGAAUCGAAGGUUUUGCAAUCCUAGGUUGUAGAUGUCUUCUACAGUAAGAGAGAAUAUCUUAACAUGGCAGAUAUUAGCUAAAAUGUCAAAAUCACAUUAAUGCUGCAUUAUUCAUGUGAAUGAAAGCAAACACUCCUGAUUAUGACAGGAUGAGAUACAAAAAGAAGAUUCCACUUCUCUGUUUUGACAGUGUAUUCUUGAAAUAGCAAUCAAAAUUCAUUACAAACUUUUUA